CUGAGCGCGGAGAGGGAAAGUCACAUGACUGAGAACACUGCGGUCACGUGAUUUCGUUUACGGGAUUGUUACAGAAAACUUGUAACUACACGGUUUGUGUUGGUUUGCUCAUGACGGAGGUGUCAGGCUGUUAUAACAUCACAUGUCUGAAGAAGCUACAGUAGUCUGAGAUUAGUUUAACGCUCUCCUUGUGGACUAAUAAGAGUAACAGAGUGGAAUCAUGCGUGGCCUCAUCUGUGGACCUAAACUCGCCGCCUGUGGGAUCGUGUUGAGCAUGUGGGGGGUUGUCAUGUUGGGCUUGCUGGGCAUUUUCUUUACAACACAUUCAGCAGUACUGAUUGAAGAUGUGCCUUUGACAGAGGAAGACACAUUUAAAGAUUUAAAUCCACCCCAGAGGGCCUAUGAUGUGUACCAAAAGGUGGGCUACAACUGCUUCAUCGCAGCUGCUAUGUAUGUGGUGUGUGGACUGUUCUCCUGGUGCCAGAUGAGGCUCAAUAAGAAGAAGGAGUAUCUUGUGCAGUAGUGCCACCUGGUGGAAGGAUAACCUCCCAGCAGCCCACUGCCAGCGGGAGGGACGUGUUGAUUCUCACCUGUUCUCUCAGGAUUUCAGUGACCUUGUCAAAGGGGACGAGAUUGGACACUUUGAGAACAUGAAGCAAUGUGAUUUAUUAAUUCUAAGAUUAAAGUAAUUCUACCUCUGAUUACAAGUGUUAGAACUGUUUGAUUAUACUGCUGGAUUGUAAUAAAAGCUGUAAAACACUUUUGUGUACUUCUUAAAUCAGAGAGUAUAUUUGUAAUCCUUGUCAGUGACCAUGUGACUGUGUUGGGAAUGUUGAUAAUGAAAUUAAAUCAUUUCUGUCAGCGUA